UAUUUCUCAUCUGGUAGGCGGCGGACUAAGAAUCACACAUGCAAAAAUGUUCUUCGUUCGCAGGUGUGGUCCAUCCGAUGAGAGAACAGUCUGCUCCUAUCAACAGCCGCAUCGGUAGAAGUAUGAUUUUUUUUUGUCACAACGAACUUCAUGAUUUCUCAGUAGCUAGUACUUGCCUUGCAUCAAAAAUCUAUCAGUAUCUUCAGACCAUAAGCAUGCGCAAAAGUUACGGCACGUACGUAGGAGGUUCAGAGGACAACUCAGGCAAAUCUGGCGCCUGCUUUUACUUCGGUGCAUCUUGUUGUCGUGCCAGUUCGACGUAUUAUCCCGUUUCUAACGCCUCGGUACUAGCUCCUUAUUGUUGACACUCUCUUUCGUUUUUCCUGCCAAACCCCAUCAAAUAGAAACAAUGGCGGCAACCGCAACGUCCAACUCCACCUCGGCGAGCUCCUUUUUCGGUUCGUUCUUCGACGAUUUCAGUCUCCUUCCCCCGGACUGGGAGCCGCGGCACAGUUUUCUCUCCGUGCACCCCAAGGAGAUGCUGCAGGCGUUUGUGAACCUCGUGGACCCCCGGCAGGCGAAAAAGAAGCUCGAGAAUCUGUUCAUGGGAAACAACGGCCAGGACGGUGUGGUUUUUUUCGCUGUGGCCGUGGUGUUUUUCACCUUGCUGAGGCUCUACACGCGGCGGGUGCGGAACAAAAUAGCCUCAGGCCUGGAGGCGGAGGGGGUAAAGAAGGAGUGAAGAUGCGGUGGGUGGUUCCUUCUUGUUGCGACGAAAACCUUUUUUGAGCGGCUGUCUGGAGGUGUGUGUGUGUGUUUGUUCUUGCUGCUCAAAAAGAAGUAAUCGCCUUCGUUGUGCGUCCCUGUACGGUCACAGGAAGAAAUAAGUGCCUACAAAUAGGACGGCGACAACUUCGGCAGCUUGAUCGAGAGACAGAUGAAGCAGAGGAGCGCAACAUCAUCAAGGUGCAGCCGGUUCUUCUUGGCGUGGUCUUCUACGUAUUGCCUGUACUUCUGGGUGGAGGAAGAGAGUCCAUUGCGGCGGAAAAUCAAGCGGCCUGCAGUUUUGCGGACUAACGCAAGUCGUGCGCAUCUCUUUCAGCAUCACGCGGUGACGAGACAGAUGUGAGACGAAGUGCUAAUGAUGAAUUCAAAUUCUUGCUGGGCGACGACCCGAAAUGGACCCACUAAAUCGUUGUUCUAGUGAAUCGUUGUUCUUGCUUAAGUACAAGGAAGCGACGUCUUCAGUAGAUUCAAUGCGCUUUUGUCGUCCACAUUGGUCGCUACAUUGCACAGAAUGAAACAGGGAAGAUGAAGAACAAAUUGGAAUUGCGGACCGCUGCAGCUGCAUUGCAGCGUGCUCCUCUGCAU